CCGGCGGCGGUCGCGGCUCAACACGGAAGCGAUGGCGGCCCCGGCCGGGGAGGCAGCGGGAGGCGGCGGCGGCUCCCCGUCCUCCGCCCGGCGGCGGCUGCGCAUCAUCUCCGGGCACCUGCGGGGCGCCCCGCGGGCCCCGGGCCGGGGAGCGCUCUCCCCGAGCCCCUGCAAGGCGCAGGGCGGCUCCGCCGGGCCGGCCUCCGGCUCCAUCCCGAAGAAGCGGCAAGAACUUUUGAAGUGGAAUGGAUGGGGAUAUAAUGACUCCAAAUUCAUCUUCAAUAAGAAGGGUCAAGCAGAAUUCACAGGAAAAAGGUACAGAUUAGGUGGUAUGGUAUUACCAACUUUUAAGGAAUGGAUAGAAAAAGCCUUUGGAGCAAGUCUGGAGCACAAAACUACCUCUAGAGCAUCCUUAAACGUUAAUGAUGUACCUCCAUCCAUUGUAAAUGAAGAAUUUCUUCAGGAUCUUAUAGCCACUAAAAUCUCAUACUCCCAGGAUGCAGAAGAUAGGGUAUUCAGAGCUCAUGGUCACUGCCUACAUGAGAUAUUUGUACUCAGGGAAGGAAUGUUUAAGCGAAUUCCUGAUAUAGUUGUAUGGCCUGUUUGCCAUGAAGACGUAGUUAAAAUUGUGGAAUUAGCCUGCAAACACAAUCUCUGCAUAAUACCGUUUGGUGGAGGGACAAGUGUCUCUAGUGCCCUUGAAUGUCCUGAAGAUGAAAAAAGAACAAUUGUCUCACUGGAUACAUCGCAAAUGAAUCGGAUUCUCUGGAUAGAUGAGAAAAACUUAACAGCUUGUGUAGAAGCUGGCAUUGUUGGACAAGAUCUGGAAAAACAGCUUGCUGAAAGUGGCUUCUGUACAGGCCAUGAACCAGACUCCAUGGAGUUCAGCUCACUAGGAGGAUGGGUAGCAACACGAGCAUCAGGCAUGAAAAAAAACAUCUAUGGAAACAUUGAAGAUCUGGUGAUUCAUAUAAAAAUGGUAACUCCUAGAGGAAUAGUAGAAAAAAACUGUCAAGUACCUCGCAUGUCAACAGGACCCGAUAUCCAUCACUUCAUUAUGGGAUCUGAAGGAACCCUUGGAGUGGUUACUGAAGUCACGAUAAAGAUUCGUCCAAUCCCUGAAUACCAGAAGUAUGGCUCUGUGGUCUUCCCCAACUUUGAACGAGGGGUGGCCUGCUUAAGGGAAGUGGCAAAGCAGAGAUGUGCUCCUGCAUCAAUUCGCCUUGUCGACAAUGCACAGUUUCAGUUUGGUCAUGCUCUUAAACCACAAGUUGCUUCCAUUUUUACAUCAUUUUUGGAUGGACUGAAGAAAUUCUACAUCACAAAGUUUAAAGGGUUUGAUCCCAACGUACUGUGUGUAGCUACCUUGCUCUUCGAGGGUGACAGAGAGAAGGUUCUUCAACAUGAAAAGCAAGUCUAUGAUAUUGCCACCAAGUUUGGUGGCUUGGCAGCAGGAGAAGAUAAUGGACAGAGAGGAUACAUGCUGACAUUUGUCAUCGCAUACCUUCGGGACCUGGGCCUGGAUUACUAUGUAAUAGGAGAAUCAUUUGAGACAUCUGUUCCUUGGGAUAGGGUUUUGGACCUUUGUAGAAAUGUAAAGGAAAGGAUAGUAAGAGAAUGCAAAGAAAAGGGUGUUCAGUUUCCUCCUCUUUCCACCUGUAGGGUAACACAGACCUACGAUGCAGGUGCAUGUGUCUACUUCUACUUUGCCUUUAACUACAGAGGAAUUAGUGAUCCUAUUCAUGUCUAUGAACAAAUUGAGAGAGCUGCUAGAGAAGAAAUACUUGCCAAUGGAGGAAGUCUUUCACAUCACCAUGGAGUAGGCAAAUUGCGGAAGCGCUGGAUGAAGGAGAGCAUCUCUGAUGUUGGCUUGGGAAUGCUGAGAUCUGUUAAAGAAUAUGUGGACCCCAAUAAUAUCUUUGGAAACAAAAAUCUUUUAUAAAGCCCUGCACAAAUGAUGUACUAAAAAUUAAAAAUUACUGUUGAAAUUCCUCCACUUUAUUGUAUUGAUAUCCCAGUAAUCAAAUAUAACAUAGAUUAAACUUUAAAAACUAGUAACUUACAUUGCUUUUUUGCUACUCCCUUCCCCCUCCCCCCAAUAAAGUAUAAACAUCACUGUUAAUGUUUAUGGACUUUUACUUACAAUGCUCUUAACCCACUGGGCACGAAGUACCCACCAGGAAAUGCAGAUUUGUUUUCCAAGUUCGGUGUAACACAGCUGACAGUAUUUUCAGUGCUGGAUACUGCCAGAUGUUUCUUGCUUAAAGCAUCAACUGCAAGGAGGACAAAGACUGACAACUGUGUUUUCUACAGAAGCAGCUGCUCAACCCAGCCUCUUGCUAAAGGAAAGCUGCUAAGAGACAGAUGAGGGAACACCAAGGAGUACCUCACUGUACUGAAGGAUUAAGUAUGUAACAGACUUGUAACCAGCAAAUACUUAAGAGUACAAAUACAGGCUUUGAUCAAAAGAGACAGUGUAAGCCAAAUUACUAAAAACUCAGUAGUCUCUCACUGUAGUACUACUUGAAAAUUAUACACAAUUGAACCGUUCUGAGUUGUAUUUGCAUUGCUGGGAUAAUCUUAAAUUAAUUGUAGGUCAGUCACUAAGUUUUGUACAAUGGACAUUUCUCACUGUAUGUUGAAAACAGGUUUGUAACAAAAUUUUGCGUUCAUCUGUACUUCAGUCCUAGUGUGUAUGGUUUUUGUUCCUGUUUUGUUUGUUUUGCACAGAUGCAAAAUAUCUUUAUCAGUUAAAAAAAAGUUUUGGCUAUUCAAAUGAAACUGCCCAGCACUGUCUUUUGAAGCAGUCUCAACAGUUUAAUAAAAUACUUAAGUGGACAACCUAA